AUGGAAGAAACGCCAGUUAAUGCGGCGCAUGCUUAUGCAAAUGCGGCUGAGGAAUACGAGGAAAAAGAGCAAUGGAGUAAAGCCAUGGAAGCUCAUUUUCGUGCCGCAGAACAGUUUUUGCAGGCAACGAAUUACACGUCAAAUCCUGAGGCGGUCAGAACUCUCAAAUUACUUUAUGCUAAUCACACGCGUCAAGGCAAAGAUCUUAAGCGACGUUUGAGUAAACAAUCACAAACUUCAUCGCAUCAAAAACAAGAACAUUUUUCAUCAUCUAUUGGUGGAGCUGAUGAACAGCAACCACAAAAGCAAUCAUCACCAUCAUCAUCGUCUCGUAAUAAAGCACAAAAUUCUUCAUCUCAGACGCUGAUUAACGAUAACAACAGUAACAAUGAUCAAGUAGACCAGCCAGGUAGACCGUACUCGGGUUCGGCUGCUCAUCGUCUACAGCAACAACGUCAAAUAGAAAAGUUGCAACAAACUUCAAGGUCAAGUACAUCACCAUACGCUAAUCGUCGAAUGAAGGAUUAUCAAUUAGAAUCAAAUUCGUCGUCAUCGACUUUGGGUGUAAUACCGCGUGAAAACAUCGCAUCAUCGAUGAACCCUCUCAACAAUUCGACGGUUUCUUCUGUUGAAGAAUCUUAUAUGGUAUUGAGAGGAAAUAAUGACUCGGCAGAUGACGAUGAUCCAUUUAAUAAAUUUUGGCAAAUAGUUGAAUCUCUUGUGUCAAAGGUUUCUAAUCCUGUGGCAUUCGCCACCGUACCUUUAAACGGUACGGACGCACUUAGUCUCACUGACCCACGUUUAUUAUCAGAUUCUACCGUUGAUGCCUUAUCAAUACCUCCAGAGAACAAAUUAAAUGAUCGGACAUUUAUUGAACACAAGAUUGACGGGGCUGCUUCCACAAUGAUGGAGUCGUUUUAUAUUAUUCCAGAUGAUAAGAAACCCAGUUCAUCCAAUACUUUACCUAAACAUCAGCAGACUUUAUCUACACUUACAUCCGGAAAAAAGAAAGCAGCACCAACAAUAAAUAAAACCAUAGAGGAAUAUGCAUUGGAAAACCAACAACUCAAACUUAUUGUGGACAAGUUAUCCAAGCAAAUGCUAGAUUACGAAAAAGCCGCCGAAGAGAACAGCAUGUUGAAGAGUAGUAUUAUGCAAUUCAAAAAUGACGUUGAAAAACAGGCGAAACGGAUAAAAUAUAGCCAAGAAUUAAGAUCAUCUGUAAUGGUGAGACAGUUGUCACCAGAAAGUUCAACAGUUUCACAUUCUAGUUAUUUACAAAGGCGUAUUAAAGAAUUGGAGGAAGAACUUCGUCUAGUAAAACUUGAUAAUGAUAAACAGAAAGCUCAAAUGGCUAAAUACAGAGAACGUUGGGAAAAACUCAAAGAAUCGGCCAAAAAAAAGCGCAGUGAAAAGCAAGCAGAAAGUUUAUCAGGCUCUCCUAGAUCAGCAUUAACUAUUGUCACCAAUCAAGAAUACAAUUACUUACAAGAAAGACCAUCAUCGCCAUCAACCUCAUAUUCUAGACUAUCCAAUUCGCCUCAGCUUUCUCCUUCAACGACUCCUAGAACGCCAACUCCUAGGACACCAACUCCAACCUUGUCCUUGCGACGAUCAAUGUCUCAGCCUGUUGAUCUCUCGAAGCAACGUCAAGGUGUAAGUGCCGUUCUCGAUUCACCAACUCAAAGCUCUAAUGGAGGAGGUAUUAGUAAAGCAACUAAUAAUAUUGGCAUCACGGCACAUGAACGUACUCCAGUUCCUCCUACCACCACUAUUGUUCAUGCUACCGCAACUGGCUCACCAACUAGAUUAACUCAUGCUCGUAGUAAUAGCAUCAGUAGCAAUGAUUUUCCAUUUGCAAUAUCGCAACCUGAAUUGAAACGUCCUAAUUCUUCGGGCUCAUUGACUCCUUCGCAUAUGUAUAAUGCUGAUCUCGAACCUACUCUCUCAUAUAGACGGGAUUCGGCACCUACGAAAUACGUCCGAAGAUAUUCUUCGACCUCAAUUUCUACAAUAAAUGCAUCCGGAACUAGUUCUGCUCAGAGCGUUUAUCACAAUGCACCAUUAGCUGCAUCUGAUAUAUAA